GCUGGGAAAACCAAGAACUCUGUACUCUUUCUAGUUUUCAUCAAUUGUGGAAGCUCUCAAAUCUCGGCUGCUAUGGCACCCAUCGCACGGUUACUUUUGCUCGCGCUUCUCCCAACUGCACUCACGAUUUCAUCAGGGUCUGGGGAUGGGUACACCAUCAAUGGUCGAGUGAAGAUCCCCCAAGGUCUGGGUACAAAAGGGUUUGCUUUGCCUGGAAAAACGUCAAAUGUCAAAGUUAUACUCAAUGGUGGCCAAAUUGUUACUUAUCUGAGACCUGAUGGAUAUUUUUCAUUUCAGAACAUACCAGCAGGGACUCAUUUGAUUGAAGUGGCUGCUAUUGGCUAUUUCUUUUCUCCUGUUAGAGUUGAUGUUAGUGCUAGAAACCCAGGCAAGGUACAGGCUGCAUUGACAGAGAACAGGAGGGGUCUCAGUGAAUUGGUUUUAGAGCCGUUGAGAGAUGAACAAUAUUACGAGAUUAGGGAACCCUUCUCCAUAAUGUCGGUUGUGAAAAGCCCAAUGGGUCUCAUGGUGGGAUUUAUGCUGGUGGUGGUGUUUUUAAUGCCCAAAUUAGUGGAAAACAUGGAUCCUGAAGAAAUGAGACGAGCACAAGAAGAAAUGAGAAACCAAGGAGUUCCCUCCUUAGCUAGUUUGUUACCAGGAGGUGGGAGGAAUUAAGUGUUUAACUGAGGAGCAGGAACUCCGAGAUAAUGGUUUGGCAAAAUCAAGGGGAGGUUCAAAUGUCGAGCUGGAUUGGUCUUCUACCCUGAUAUUCAUCUUUUGAUUGCAGAAAGAAGGGAUGAUACCUUUUGAAUUCCUGGGGGCAUCUCAAAGGUUAAGUGGUGUUUUACUUGAUAGUUGCAGAUUUUCAGAACUUAUCAUGGGAUUUAACUUGUUAUAACAUCUAUUCAUUGUUGUGAUGCUUUGAUGUCAUAAACAAAGAAGAGUUGAAAAUUUAUUGUUAUAGACAUUAUCCAUCUAUUAAGCAGUCCGCUUCUUAGCCUUUCGUUAUAA